AUGUCUUUCAACGAUCUCGAACGUGGCCUCAAUGAACAUGCACCGCUGGCUAGGGACUCACCCUUCUCGCAAGAUCCAGAGCGUGACCGAAAAUUUCAGGCUUUGGCCACCAAGGUCUCAACUCACAUCUUUCGAAUCAAUAGCAACGUCUCGGGCCUUCAAAAGUUCAUCGACUUGUUAGGUUCAUCAAGAGAUACGGCUGAUAUUCGGAAAAAAUUGCAUGAUUUGACUGAAUCUACUCGAGAAUUUGUCAAGAAUUCAUCUGUUGAUGCAAAGGAGCUAGCUGUAUGGCAAGUUCCGGAACAACUUAAAAUGGAGCAACAGAAAGUUUCUCGAGAUUAUGCUAACGCAAUUCAGGCGUUCCAAAGAGUCUCGAGACUAAGCGCUGAACGGCAGAAGGAAUUUGUUGAUCGAGCAAAAUAUGCAGCACUACCCAUGCCAUCAAUUGCAGCGGAUGAUGACAGUGUGGAGCUCUCAGAGACCAGGAUUGGUCAACAGCAACAACAGCUUCAUGCGUCACACCAACUAAACCAGGAAGAGCUUAUCCCAGACCACGAGCUCGAUUACCAGGAUGCCCUGAUUGAGGAACGAGAAGCUGAGAUUCGGGAAAUUGAGACUGGUAUUCAUGAACUUAAUGAGAUCUUUCGAGAUCUUGGUACCAUCGUUCAAGAACAAGGCGGUCAUAUCGAUAACAUCGAGAGUAAUGUACACAGUAUCAGCAAUGAUAUGAGAGGCGCUGUUGUAGAACUUCAUCAGGCUCAUGAUUAUCAACGCAAAGCAGGGAAACGGAUGUUAUGCCUGCUGCUUAUCUUUAUCAUAGUACUGGCUAUUGUCUUGAUAGCUAUUCUGAUUUGA